AUGUGUUGUCGAGGUAAUGGUCCUUCCGUGGUCAACUCUAUCUCGGUCGUCAAACCGUUCGCUUCUACUACUGCCGUGUUCGAAAUAGAUUCCCAUGGACACCCCGGCGUUGUUUCUUGGCUGGUCCCCGAAGCCAACCUUAUCCGUAUCCGCUUACUCUACAACAACUCCUGCUUAGGCGCGCCGCGGCCUAUUGGGUCUUGUCCACUGAAUCAUUGUAAAUUACAGUAA